AUGGGUUUCGGCGAUCUCUUUCGUUCGUCCAAGGGCCCCAAGCGUCCGUCAAGCUCCCGCAUGCCCACCGAUUGCGUUCCCUCGUCGUCGUCCGCCAGCCGUCCUCACACCUCGGCGUCGUCCAAGUUGGGCCGCAGGGGGGCGAUUAAGUCCGACCACUCGUCGUCUGGCCAUUGCGCUGGUCGCAUUCAGAAUACUCCAGUUUCGCCCCGGGGUCCUCAUCAGCCGGAUCCGCUUUUGGCUGGCAAUGAGGCUUAUCCGGUCGACUUGAGCAGCGUAUCAGGCGGCUUCGGUGUUCCAAUUGCGGCUACCCGAACCGUCCCCGUUUCCCAUGCGUCGUCGUCCCACCGGCCUUCUCAUAAGCACCACUCCAAGCGCGAAACCCAGUACGAACCCGAGCGCGACGCCUACGAAGUUUCGCCUCUAGACGCAGCGUUCCCUCCGGAGGUUCAGCGAGUGCUGGAUCGAGGCUUCUCGUCGGCCGCAUCUCUCGGCGUCUCUCGGAACGUGCCACAGGUCAGCACGCGGGGUCCCUCGCGGAACCCGUCUACGGCGGCAUCGUCAUCGUCGCGCAGUUUUGCGGCGCGCGCUGCAGAGGCGCAGUUUGCGUUUGACAUCGGCGGCUAUGGUCCGCGCACCAACCACUUUGUGAGUCCUUGCUACCAGCCUUCCUACACCAGCAACUCCACGGGCGCCUAUUACAACGAAGGUGGCCUAUUUUAA